GGGGACACGGCUGGGGGGCUCCGCCCAGAAGAGGGCCGAGAGGCGGGGCGGUGCCCCCACCGCGGGCCCGCGGCGCCCUCUGCAGGCCACAGGCAGCGACUCACCAGUUGCCUCAUCUUUCCUCUGCUCCCUCUUGCUGCUUUCCUCAGGCCACAUUUUUUGUAUGUCUGGGCAGUCUCUCAGCCUUCGACUCCCGUCCCUUUCUUCCACUUCCAGGCCGGGCGUGUUAGUGUCUUCGCAGGAAAACUGCCAAUAAAGUUUUUCCUCUUCUCGCUCCCAAGAUCCCCGCCUCCCCUUAAGCACCGCGAGAUCUGACGGCGCGGCUGCCAUGGCGGCGGCGUUUGAAGCCCCGGGAGUCUUAGCGGCAGUGGCGACUGCUAUGCCGGCUGAGCAUGUGGCCGUGCAGGUCCCGGCCCCAGAGCCAACACCCAGGCCUAUGAGGAGCCUGCGGACCGCUCAGGAUCUCAGCAGCCCGCGGACCCGCACGGGGGAUGUGCUGUUGGCGGAGCCGGCCGACUUCGAGUCACUGCUGCUUUCGCGGCCGGUGCUGGAGGGGCUGCGGGCGGCCGGCUUCGAGAGGCCCUCGCCGGUGCAGCUCAAGGCCAUCCCGCUGGGGCGCUGCGGGCUCGAUUUAAUUGUUCAAGCUAAAUCUGGCACCGGGAAAACCUGUGUGUUCUCCACCAUAGCUUUGGACUCUCUCGUUCUUGAAAACUUAAGUACCCAGAUUUUGAUCUUGGCCCCUACAAGAGAAAUCGCUGUACAGAUACAUUCUGUUAUUACAGCCAUUGGAAUAAAAAUGGAAGGCUUAGAGUGUCAUGUCUUUAUUGGAGGGACCCCAUUAUCACAAGACAAAACCAGACUUAAAAAGUGUCAUAUUGCUGUUGGAUCUCCUGGCAGAAUUAAGCAACUCAUAGAACUUGACUACUUGAACCCAGGCAGUAUACGCCUCUUUAUUCUUGAUGAAGCAGAUAAGCUUUUAGAAGAAGGCAGCUUCCAGGAGCAAAUAAAUUGGAUUUAUUCUUCCUUGCCUGCCAGUAAACAGAUGCUGGCAGUAUCAGCUACUUACCCCGAAUUUUUGGCUAAUGCUUUGACAAAGUACAUGAGAGAUCCCACUUUUGUAAGACUGAAUUCCAGUGAUCCAAGUCUCAUAGGUUUGAAGCAGUAUUACAAAGUUGUCAAUUCGUACCCUUUGGCACAUAAGGUUUUUGAGGAAAAGACUCAGCAUUUACAGGAACUGUUCAGCAGAAUUCCAUUUAAUCAAGCUUUAGUCUUUUCUAAUUUGCACAGCAGAGCACAACAUUUGGCUGAUAUCCUUUCUUCUAAAGGCUUUCCUGCCGAGUGCAUUUCAGGCAAUAUGAAUCAGAAUCAGCGUCUUGAUGCUAUGGCUAAACUGAAGCAGUUUCAUUGCAGAGUCCUCAUUUCCACAGAUUUGACUUCUCGUGGGAUUGAUGCUGAGAAGGUGAAUCUGGUUGUAAAUCUGGAUGUACCAUUGGAUUGGGAGACAUACAUGCAUCGGAUUGGGAGAGCUGGCCGUUUUGGUACAUUGGGGCUGACAGUGACCUACUGUUGCCGGGGAGAGGAAGAAAAUAUGAUGAUGAGAAUUGCCCAGAAAUGUAAUAUCAACCUUCUCCCUUUACCAGAUCCCAUUCCUUCUGGUCUGAUGGAAGAAUGUGUGGAUUGGGAUGUGGAGGUUAAAGCUGCUGUGCAUACAUAUGGCAUAGCAAGUGUACCUAACCAACCCCUAAAAAAGCAAAUUCAGAAAAUAGAGAGAACCCUUCAAAUUCAGAAAGCUCAUGGUGACCACAUGGCUUCCUCUAGAAAUAAUUCUGUAUCUGGACUAUCAGUCAAAUCAAAAAAUAAUACCAAACAAAAGCUUCCUGUGAAAAGCCACUCAGAGUGUGGAAUCAUAGAAAAAGCAACAUCACCAAAAGAACUGGGCUGUGACAGGCAAUCUGAAGAGCAAAUGAAGAAUUCUGUUCAGACUCCCAUUGAAAACUCCACCAACAGUCAGCACCAGGUCAAAGAAGCUUUACCUGUGUCACUCCCCCAGAUUCCUUGUCUGUCUUCCUUUAAAAUCCAUCAGCCAUACACGUUGACUUUUGCUGAAUUGGUAGAGGAUUAUGAACAUUAUAUUAAAGAGGGAUUAGAGAAACCUGUGGAAAUCAUCAGGCACUACACAGGUCCUGGGGAUCAGACUGUGGAUCCUCAAAAUGGUUUUGUGAGAAAUAAAGUUACUGAACAGAGAGUCCAUGUAUUGGCAAGUAGUAGCCAAUCUGGAGACUCUGAGAGUGACAGUGAUUCUUACAGCUCAAGAACCUCUUCCCAGAGCAAAGGAAAUAAGUCAUACUUGGAAGGCUCUUCUGAUAAUCAGCUGAAAGACUCUGAAUCUACUCCUGUGGAUGAUCAUAUUUCUUUGGAACAACCACCAAAUGGAAGUGACACCCCCAAUCCAGAGGAAUAUCAAGAAUCACCUGGAAUCCAGAUCAAGACAAGACAUAAAGAGGGGGCUAACCAGAGAGCUAAGCAGAGCCGGAGAAACCUACCCAGGCGGUCUUCCUUCAGAUUGCAGACUGAAGCCCAGGAAGAUGGUUGGUAUGACUGUCAUAGGGAAACACAUCUGAGUUUUUCUGAUACCUAUCAGGAUUAUGAGGAGUACUGGAGAGCUUACUACAGGGCAUGGCAAGAAUAUUAUGCUGCUGCUUCUCAUUCAUAUUAUUGGAAUGCUCAGAGACAUCCAAGUUGGAUGGCAGCUUAUCACAUGAAUACCAUUUAUCUACAAGAAAUGAUGUAUGGUAACCAGUGAUUAUAGGAUAUACCUGAGACCAUCAGGAACUGUCAACAAAUGAUACCUUUGGAUAUCCAUCCUCCUCUACUUAUAGUACAGUGGUGUGUAGUGGCAUUUCUGAUAAACUUGAAAAGACUUGAGGCUUUCCACUGGGACACAUCCAUUUUUUCAGAUUGUUUUGAUUUAGGCUAGGUAUAUUAUCUUCAUUUUUAAGAGUUUCUUUAAGAAACUUCAUCAGAUUCUUGAAAGAUAAUUUUUGGGACAUAGAGCUGAUGCCAUUUUCUAUAAGAUCUUCCCAAAAGAAACAUUUAAAAAGAUGACAUAUAUACCACUGCUUACUUAAUAAAAGCAAUAGAUUUGAGCAGUAAUACUAGUUCGCUGUGGAGUUCUUUACAAAGGGCUUAGGCUGCAUUUCCUUCUAUAGAGGUGCAUUCUUGUAGAAAUUUGUAGCAUGGUAGAUCAGAAAAUCCUCUUAGGUUUAGGCAGGAAGGAAUAUUUAAACAUUGCUUUAGAUUUUCCUAAAGGUAUUUGAUUUGAUCUGUUUGCUUCCAGUAAAAAUAUUUGUUUUUAGUAAAAACAAAUUUAAAUAUA